AUGAAGGCCGGUGCGUUAAUAUGUAUAACCAUCGUAUUGUGUGUAUCGAUGCUGCAGGACGUACGUGGCGGUAAAAAUGUGAGCCAAAAGAAAUUGAAUAAGUGGAGUGCGAACAACGGAGAUGUAAAUAAGAAAGACAUCAAUCUUCAAAAUUUAAAUUUAAAAAAAAACAAAGCACUCAACGAACACAGACAUGAGCUACAAGAUUUGCUGGAAGUUAUACAAUAUGUGAUCACCGAUGCAAUUAAUAACAGAGAAUUCCGCACCUUUAUGAUUAAACGGUUCUUACACAACUACGUUCCACAAGCAUCCGAAUAUUUGAAUUCAAUAAAGGAACUUAAAAAGAAAAUGGAUCCAAAAGCAGCCAAAGAAGACGAUAAAAAAGAUGAAGCAAUGAAAAAUCAAUAA